AUGCCAAAGGUCAAAAAGCCACGAUCACGACAAAACGAUAAGGCCAUUAGCAAAAAGAGAUCAGUAGAAGCUCCUGAAGCACCUGUAAUACCAAAAGACCAACGACGAAAACAACGCCAUGAUGCUUGGUUAGAAAAGUUGGAUGCUAGAUACGCCCAAAAGAAACGAUCCAAGAAACAGCUCAACACCGAUUUAAGCGACUUUAAUGACAUUUUGGAUUCGAUUCAUGCUGAUACCGUUGCAAGCGAUAAUGAUCCCAAGAAACGAUUGCCUGUAGUACCAUCCAACAAAUUGCAACGCAACAAGAGUAAAAAGCGAGCCGAGAUGCAAGAGAUCGUUCGUAUGCAAAAGGUGAUGAAUCUCUCAGCGUUCCAACAAAGUCCAUUGGCAGCCAUCCGUCAACAUGUGCAAAAUACAUUCGGCAGUAGUAGUUAA